UACUAAAAUCGUACUGCUACUUUGUAUAUAUUUCUGUUCACUCACUCAAAUUCACUUUGACAAGUUUUGAAAAAGGCAGCAUCCUCUCUACGUUCCAAAUUUCCAUGGCCACCCUUUAUUCUUUCACCAAAAACAAGUCCAGAUCUCACUUCUUCUCCCUAAUCUCCCGCUUAAUUUACUCUUAAAACUACAAUUUAUUUCUCAAACCCAUUUUCAUUUCUUGACAAUUUAGAAUUUUACGCCCAUCAAUUGUUUAUUAUGGCGACGUUGCAGAAAUUUAAGCUAUUAGCCACGCAGUGUGCGGUCGCCGGGAGUCCGACGAGAAGCCCAUCAGCGAGCCCAGUUAUACACCUCCGCCGGAGGAAGACGCUGAGGAUGUUGCUCAGCCGCGGGGGAAGUGGUAGCAGGAGGAUUCCGCGCCGGGAAGAGGGUUCUCCGGAUCGGAGGGGGUGCGAGAGGAACUCGCCGGAGAAAGGGAAGGAGUUGAUGGUGAGUCAUAAGCUGAGGGACUUGUUCGUUUCGUCGCCGCCGACGUUUGACGAGAGGGUGGCGGAGAAUGUUAGAGAAGGGUUGUUGUCCGGUGGGGUUAGUAGCGGCGUCGGCGGCGGCGUCGGUGGUGCGAGUGGCGGGUUUGGAUUGAGGAGAGGUGGCGGGGGCCGACAGCUUAGACCGUUGUCAGCGACGUUUCGGCAACGGUUGCUUAGGAGGGCAUGGAGACCUGUGCUGGUUACCAUACCCGAGUAAUUUUAUAAAAAUUGUACCCAAAAAUCUGAGAAAAAUUAAACUAUAUAUUAUACUACCUCUUAUUUAAAUUUGAUUUAAAAGUUUUAGCUUCA